AUGCUACUUCAACUGGAGCUCUUGCGAUUGGAUGUGCGGAACUCCCCCUUCCAGCUGCUGACCUUACAGCUUUGCCGUGGCCGUGAAGCUUGGAACCUUUGGGGCGCCCUAUCUGCUUCAGCUUUGCUUGCCGGCCUCUAUCAGAUAGUUCUUAUGCCAGUUCGGAAGCGAUCAAAGGACUACCAUGACCACAACUCCAAGCACUUCAAGGCCUUACGUGCGAAGCAUUUUCCUCCUGGCUUUCCCAAUGGCUGGCACUGUGUGUGCAAUGCCACGGAUCUCGCUGAUGGACAAGUAAAGUCUAUCUCUGCGCUGGGGACGUACAUGGUGGCCUUUCGUGGCCAAGAUGGAAAGGUCGGGGUGAUGCAUGCUUUUUGCCCACACAUGGGGGCACACUUGGGCAUGGGAGGAGUGGUUGUGGGCAACUUGCUGCAGUGCCCUUUCCAUGGGUGGUCCUUUGACACUUCAGGCGAAUGUCAGCACGUCCCCUACCGUCGCUGCAGCCGCGAGAUGCCAGAGUCCUCCAGGUUGAAGGCCUAUGAGGUCAGAGAACACCUUGAGAGGAUCUUCAUUUGGUUUGAUGCUGAAGGCCGACCCCCGCAAUGGGAGUUGAUCUGCCACCAAAGACUGGAGGCUGAUGUGGAGAGUGGCUCCUUUUACCUCGCUGCCAUUAGACAGAUGGAGUUCGACCAGCACUGCUGCGAAAUGCACAUGAACAGCGCUGAUCCCUACCACUUCAAGACGCUUCAUGCUCCUUUGCCCCUGCCUGUGCUGGAGAAAUUUCUAACGGCCGAUCACACGGCGACCCAAGAGUACGGCAAGGGGGUUGUCAACGAAGAGCUAAGAGAUGAAUGGCACAUGGCUUCUUUUGAAGAGAGAACACAUGGCUUGUUUCUCUUCGGACAUCCAUCUCUACCUGUGCCACUAUCCGCCACCAUCUCCAAAUCCAUUGAGACCAACGUGACCUUCGAGGGCCCUACCAUUGUCCACUUUCGCAUCAAGACUCCAUUGGGCGUGCUGCGUCAGGUGAAGACCAUUUUGCCCAUUGAGCCUUUCAAACAGUAUGUGGAAGCACGGUGGUAUGCAGAGAAAAGAGUUCCACGCAUCAUCGCUUGCGCGCUGGCCUGCAUCGGAGGUCGUGCUCUGGAGCAAGAUCGCGAGGUAUGGGAGAACAAGGUCUACCACAAGAAACCGGUGCUCGUUGCUGGAGAUGGAGCAUUCCUGGACUUCAUUCGUUGGUACGAUCAGUUCUACUCGGAGAAGUCCAAGGCCCUGUGCUAUGAUUGGUAG